AUGGAGUUCAAAGUUCUGCCACUUGAGAAAUGGACUGAAAACCAUGUGAAGUCCUGGUUGGAAUCAGUAGGAUUGAAAGAACAAUACAUACAGAAACUUUAUGAAGAUGAAGUUACAGGGCCAGUUCUCAUGGGGAUAACAAAAGACUUUCUGAAAGACGAGACUGGUAUGAAACCUGGUCAAAUCGAGCUUCUUUUGAAUAAAAGAAAUGAACUGUUAAAAUCUCUACAACAGCACGAGACACAAAGCAAUGAGCUCCAGAAGAAAGAAGCAAAGGAUUCCCCUGCUGAAAAUAAAAAACCACAAGCAGAAAAGAAGAAUCAGAAUAUGAGCAUGGUGAAGGAACCAGGUCCUGCAAAGGAAGAGAGCAGUAUAGAAAAAACAAAAACUGGCAGUGAGUCAUCAUGUAAGAGAGACUGUAACCCUCGGCCAUUUGAUACAGAGGACAUAGACUUUAAAUAUGUGCAGCACACAGUCCUACAGCCAGAAUCAGGAAUCAUAGACCGAAUCACACCCUGUCAUGAGUAUAAGUCUUUUGCCACUGCUGCACUGUUAGAUAGAACUAAAUUGCAAGCAAAGUUUGCAAACGAGGUUCUCAGAUUUGCCUGUGGUUGUAUGAAUGUUCGUACAAACGGCACAAUACACUUUGGUGUCAUGGACAGUGUGGAAAAUACUAGUCAUGUACAUGGAGAAAUAAUUGGUGUACCUGUGAAUGACAGAGACUUCUAUGUUGAUGCAUUGGAUUACAUAGAGAGAUGUUUCAAGACCCCUUCUGAAAAAGAAGAAGCGCGGCUCUGUAUAAGGCUGCCAAAGUUCACAGAAGUCAUUCACAGAGACAGCCAAUUAAAACGCUGGGUGAUUGAGGUAGAUAUUGUACCCACAGUAAAGACCGUGCGAGGUAAAGUAUACUCAGUUUGUCUACCUAAAUUUAAUGAAAAAUCAAAUAAGAUUGAACUUGACAAGAAAACAGUCUAUCGCAGAGUUGGGGCCAAGACAGAACCAAUCAGUGAAGAAGAUAAGGUUGCGUUUAUUCUUGGUAUGCCAGACAGGGACAAGAGAAGGGAAGAAGCAGAAUCCACAAGUCAUCAAAAUCCAUCACUGAAUUCUGAAGAUCUGGGAAGAAAGCUGACUCUGCUUUUAACUUGCGGCAAGAAAUGUAUAGAUAAUUCCAUAAGGUACAUUCUUGUCACAAACAAAUGGGAAGCUGACAGUUUGGAGUGUAUCAACUUUUUACUGAACAUGAAUAUCUUCUGUGUAUUUGAUUUUGACCCAGAUUCGAAAUCAUCUGGAUUGUGUAGUCAGUAUGAGCAGCACCAUGCAGCCAGCCUGCACUUCUUGCAGGAUUACACCAACGAAAGUGGGCUGAGCACCAGUGAGUUUAUAAAGCACUUGCACUUGUUUGAGCAAACCAGUUGGAUAUUCUGCAAUGGGCGCAGUGAUUACCUUGGUGAUGAAAAUUCCUGUGAUGAAAUGACAUGGAUCAAAACCAAGAAAAAACACCUAAGAAAGGCAAUAUCGAUGAUUUGCAAUGAAAUUCUUCCAACGGGCUCGUUUGUUGUCAUUUUUCUUUUGAUGUCUCCUGUUGAACAGCCACUUGUUCAUACUUUCCAUGAAUUUUAUGUUGAAAUGAAUGGCAAUGACUAUAUAGUUUCCAUUUCAGAAUCAAAGGAAAAUUAUACCAAGUGGGCCAGUCAAGCACAGGCUUCUUGCAGCCCUGAAACACUUAAUUUUGCAAGCAUAGUUGGAAUGAAAAUGAGCCAUGUAGAUGAAACAGUCCAAAGCAUACAGCCCAUUCAGACACGGACAACCAAACAUUUAAGGGUCUUUAACAAGGGGUUGUGUUCACUCAAAAGUGUUGAGGAAGAAAGAAAGUUUUCCCUGGAAAUACUGAGUGUUGAUCAAUGUGAUGAUAUCAAAAGUGUUGAUGAGGACUUUAUCAAAAAUACUGAAAGGUAUUUUUAUCAAGGAGGAAAAGUACGCUGGGAACAUUUUUGGCUAGCAGACAACACACAUUGUGGUGAAAUCAUUCUUCGUGAUGCAUACAGAGAUGUAGCAAAAAUUUUAGAUGACAUUUUAAAAUGGAAUCCACCGAAAAAAUCUGUGGAAAGAAUCAACAUAUACCAUCAUCCAGGCAGUGGUGGAAGCACUGUUGCACGACAGCUGCUUUGGAACUUCAGAGGGGAUCUGAGAUGCGCAGUUGUAAAACCUUCUUACCCUGUUACAACAGUCUGUGAGCAUGCCAUCCAGUUGCGAGAAUACGAGGAAAAGGACAGAAAUAAUUGUCUUCCAGUUCUCUUGUUGGUGGAAGACUGUGAUGAAGAAUACCUUGAUGAUGUGAGGCACGAAUUAGCAAAUGCCAUUGCCUCUAUGAAGAUCAAUCCAUCAACAUUAUGCUUUAUUCUGUUGAGCUGUAAAAGAUCUAAUGAUCCUGAAAAGAUGUACCGGGCCCUACCAUUACAAACAGUUGCUGUCACACACAAACUGACUGAGAAGGAAAAGAAAUUGUUUGCUCAAAAACGUAGGAACCUUGAACAACAGUACGAACCACAGUUCAUCCUGACUUUUGUUUUAAUGAGUGAAGAAUUUGAGGAACAGUACAUUAAAGACUUUGUGGAACAUUUGCUACAAGAUAUAGAUCAUUUAUCUCCUGUAACUCGCCUAAUCGGGUAUGUUGCAUUACUCAAUUGUUACGUGCAGAACUCCUACAUCCCAGUAUCUCACUGUGAAGCUUUUUUGGGGUUAGGAGUACAAAAUGAUAAAGUUCGACAGCAUCACUUUGAAAGCCAAUUAAGUGAACAGGCAAGACUUGUAUUUGUUCAUUUGACAGAGAAUCCAACCUACAUCUCUUCAAUACGUAUAAUUCAUCCCUUAGUUGCCAAGGAAAUUUUGCACCAACUCUCAAGUAACAAGCAACAGAGUGCAAUUGCAAUGGAUCUUCUUCAGGAAAAGUUGCUUUUCGAACACAGGUUUGGCAGAGAUGACUUUAUGAAGUUCAUUAGGAAUCUCUUCAUAAGGCGUUACAAAAGAAGCAAGGGAGACAACACUGAUAGCUUCUUUUCCCCGCUUAUUGAGCAUGUAUGCGAUGAAGAAGAAAACCCAACCAAAGCUAUGGCUCUUUUGAAAGUCGCUUAUACAAGUUUUGGUAAGGAUCCAUUCUUUGCACAACAACUUGCACGGCUACAUUACACACAUGAAAAAUUUGAGGAGGCCAAACAUUGGGCAGAAGUAGCAAAAUCACACCUGCCGCAUGACUCUUUCAUUUUGCACACAGAAGGUCAGGUUUAUAAGAAAUGGUUCAAUGUUAAAUAUGAUUUACUGGUCAAAGAGGAAGCAACAGCUGAAAAUACUGUCGAGAUAAUUGGAAUUGCACUAAAGGCAACAGAAUGCUUCAGAGCUUCUGAAAAAGAAGCUAAAUCAGAAGGUGAUUUUAUUAAUAACUCUGCCUAUUUUGGGGAAAUAGAUGUUGGUUGUCGUCUUUUGCAGCUCAUUUCGUCAGUUAAUGUGUUUUCAAAUGAAAGUGGACAUUCAGAGUUGCUGCACUACCUGCUUACAGAUCACAUUCCAGAAGAAGUAAAAAAGCCUUGGCACAAAUUACACAGCCGUUUGAAAGGUCUACAGAAAAGCUUAUGUGAGGCUCUUGAAUGGAUUUCUGAAGAUCUGAGUUACUUUCAAACUGAUAAAAGUGAAGAAGAAGAAGAAGAAAAAAGUAAAGAGCAGGAACACAUAUACAAUCCCCGGAAAUGGCUGCUAAGAAAAACCUCUGUCUAUGCAUGGUUUUUCAGUGAUACUUCAUUCAAAUCAGAUACCCACAAACUGGAUUUAGUGAAUCCAGAGGGUUUAACUCAAUUAAUGAGACGCAUGCGUAUCUACCAACUUGGCGGUGGCAACAUUACUACCAUCCUUUCUUUACUGACCGAUCACAAAACUAAAAGAUCAGGGGAAAAAUUGGAACAAAUAAUUAGCAUGUAUCCCGAGGACCUACAGCUAGACCCCAUAGACCUGGUGAACUACAUAUGCUGUCAGAUUGCACUAGGAUGUGCUUUACCUCGUUCUCCAAAGCUUGUUACUCUACAGAAACUUCAAGAACUUAGUCUGCAGCUCUAUAGCGAGAAAAACAACAGGUCUCCUGCCAGUGCCUUUUUUCUGCUUUCUUUAUUGUUUUGGCCUGAUGAAUCACAAGACAUGGCACCUAGUCAACAUAAAAAUAAAAUCCUGACAUCAGCAAUCGACACUUUGAAAGACCUGCAUGAAAUAAAAAUAAAAAAUGUACCUCCAAGAAAAAAGCGAAUCUUCACUCACUUUUACUUAGGACAAGGAAAAGGGCUUGACAGGUUCAUUCACAGAAGCAAGCUUGAAAAAUUCCUCAGUGGCACUCUAAAUGAAAGGAGAUUGAAGUGGCUCAGUGGUGAAGUUUGGGAAAAACCAGAAAUUACCAAGCUGUUGAAACGUGUUAAAGGAUGGACAGAGAAAGGUAGUGUUUUUGUACGGGGCGUCUGCAAGAAUACCAAGAUCAGAGUUCUCCCACUGUAUUCAGCUUCAGUGUCUGAUACAAAUGAAAAUGUAACAUUCUACUUGGGCUUUUCCUUUAAUGGCCCAGUUGCCUUGCGCAUUGAAACCCUUAAGUCAUACAACUUUAAACAAUAGUUACUUUAGCUACAGUAACAUUUCAAAUGUUGCGUCCGAUGACAGAUUCUUGCAGUUUGGACUGUCUGAUACUCAAAAGUUCCCACUGUAACCAAAAAUAAAAUUGCAUAUAGUGUAUAUAUGAGAACAUGUUAUACUUGUUAAGUUUUUGUUUAAUCUGUGUUUAUCAGUAAUACUGUAAUGGUUAAAAAAAAGUAAAUAUUUUGUUACUGGGGAAUUCCAAGCAAUCCAAUGGAAAAGUGUGUUUGUAGAUUUAAAUCAGUCUUUAUUUUUGUAAAAUUGAGUGCAUUUCAUGUAAACCAAAAAAAAAAAAUCUAAUAAAA